UAACGAUACAUCGAUGGUAAACAACGCCGUCUACGCCUAGUUACGGUGUACCUACAAUCGGUUUUAGUCACUCACAAAAAUAAUAGCCUACCAAAAUUGUAUAUUUUAUAUUGUGUCGUGUCCUUACUCCUUAAUUGUUUGUUAAACCGUGUAUGUAUGCGAAGAGUCAAUAUUGAAUUCAAGGUGUAUUGGUACAUAAUUGCUGCAAAUGUUGAAUACCAGAUAGGCUAGGAUUGGUUAUUAGGGGAAAUAAGACUUGUUUAUUUGCAAUCCUUAUUCUAUGCGUUAAGAAUUUUUGCUAGGCUUGCAUUGAGCGUUUUGUUAUCAAAUGGCUACAACAACAAAUGGAAACGGUAAUUUGGUGGAUGAAUUUGAAGAGGCUUUUCAGUCAUGCCUCAAUGUUCUUACAAAGGAGGAUGCUUUACCUUCCAUGGAAAAAGAUGAAAUUAGGGUUGAAAUGGAUCAUUCAGUAAUGAGAUUUCUUGAUUUAGCAAGACAAAUGGAAGCAUUUUUUCUUCAAAAACGUUUUCUGCUAUCAGCUCUUAAACCAGAAUUAGUAGUGAGAGAGGAUAUAAAUGAUCUGAGAUUGGAACUCAUGAGGAAGGAUGAUCUGAUAAAGCGACACUAUGAGAAAAUCACCAUGUGGCAGAAUCUGCUUGCUGAUCUGCAGUCUCAAGGCUGGGCCAAGAGUCCAGCUCAAGGACCUACAGGGAUGAGCAACGGUCAACCUCCACCUCCUCAAUCCCAGCCAACACCAGGUCCUGGGGCCAUGUCAACACUACAGAUGCAGCAGCAGAUGCAGCAGGCUCAGCAGAUCCAACAUCAACAACAGAUGCAUCAACAGAUGCAGCAACAAAUGCAACAACAGGUUGGUCCUAAUCCAAUGAUGUCGCCUCAACAAGCUAUGUUCAUGCAGCGAGGCCCAUUCCCAGGCCAGGUGGGGCCGCAGGGAGGCUUGUUGCAGGGCCCGCUGGCCUACUUGGAGAAGACCACAAGCAACAUCGGACUGCCUGACGGGCGCAGGUGACGCGGGCGGGGGCGGGGACGGGGGAGGGGCCGAGGAAGGGCCCGAGGCAGAGGGACUCUUGACUACAACCCCUCUGUUGCUCCUUGAACUGUCUCCCACCCCUCUACUGACAUAAGGAGCCUUGAGUUUUUAUAAUGCAGUAUUUGAAUAAAUAUUGGUCCUGCCUAAAGGUAUUGUGAUUUUGAAUUAAAUGAAUACUUAUUAAUAUAUUUUGUCACUUUGGCUUACAUCUAAAAUGUCCAACUAAUAUUACCAUUAGGUUUUCAUAUUCAUAUUCUUUAAACUAUACGGACAUUUAUUAAAUUGUUUUUAGGCUUUUGAAUUAAAACUAAAAUCGGUAUUAAUAUACUAGGCCUAGUAAGUAAGAUGUAUUAUUCAAGCUCUAAGGCUCCAGUUCCUUUUACUGGUAGACAUUCCAACAUGGUAAUCAAAAAUAAUUUAUUUGAGAUUUUCAAGAUUUGAAUGCCUUUAUCUUUAGUUUUGUUUUUGUCAUUGAUUGGAGAUGUAGAAUGAUUAAGCACCACAUUAAUGCUUAAGCUGUUAACCAACAUUUACCACCAAUCUGUUGCUGGUUCCAUUCCAUUUGAAGCCCAACUGUCUUCUACAUCUCAACUCAUUAGUUGUGUUUGUUGUUGAUUGUUUAUCUGUUGUUGUGAUGAUUAUCUGUUAAAUGAUUAUUGAGGUUACUCUGUUGGAAUGUUACCCUCUGUUUGCAAGGAAUGUCCUAAACUGACAUCAAAAUGUUGGUCAGCCUUGUAGUUAGAUAUUCAGAGAUUUAUUUUUGUAUUCAAAUGUUAAAGUACAAUGAUAUUCAGCUAUCAAUAUUUGAAUAUUUUUCGAUUUUCUAUUUCAAUUAUUUCAUUUGUUUUAUUAUGUAAAUAGGCUGUUGAUCAAAGAUGAAUUUGUAUUAAUUGAUGUAAAAUAAAUUUUUCACUGAACAUUUUUUUUUUGUGAAUUGAAUUUUUUUGGACAUAUGUUGUAUUUUGUUUUUCAAACUGUACAUAGUUUGUGUGUGUUCAUGUUUGAUUGAUGGAAGGUGUAUUGAAUAGCAGCUAUAGGUCGGCCGUUUAGAAAACGACCUGCGCGAAAUUUUUAGCGCAUGUAGGGGAGGUAACGGAGAGGGAGGGUACGUUCCCCCUCUCCGCCAAUGGCCUUUUUCACAAGGUGUGUGGAUAGU